CAAAAAUGGCGGAAGGAGGAUCUCCCGAUUGUGAGGCGCAAAAGAAUGAAAUUGCUAAGGAAAUUAAGGCUACUUUGAAGAAAGGAGACAUAUGGUAUUUAAUUGACACAAAGUGGUUCAAACAGUGGAAGAAAUAUGUUGGCUAUGACUCAUGGGAUACUAGUUAUGUUGGAGAAAAAAGUGCAUUUCCUGGGCCCAUUGAUAAUUCACCAUUGUUUGAUGGGGAGAAAGGAGGAUUGCGAGAGCAUCUCUUGGAUGACCUUGAUUACCAGUUGAUUGCAGAACCAGGUUGGCAAAAACUAGUCAAGUGGUAUGGUGUUACAGAUGAAGAGGAAUCAGUAUCACGGAAAGUCAUAGAACAAGGCAUGUUCGUGAAGCAGUGUAAAGUUGAAGUAUACCUACUUGAUUUGAAAUUGUGUCAGAAUUCAAAUACAGAAGAACAGGUUUCCAGGCAGUUUAGUCGAGCAGAUACGCUAGAAUAUAUAGAACAGGAAAUGAGAAAAUUGUUUGAGAUCAAAGAAGACACAGAGGUCAGACUAUGGAAUAAAUAUAUGACAAAUACGUAUGAACAUCUCAACAAACCGGAUAACACAGUUCAAGAUGCUGGGCUAUAUCCAGGACAGGUGAUUGUGAUAGAGCAGAAGAAUGAGGAUGGUACAUGGCCAAGGCAGAACAAGGCAAAGACAGGGUAUGGUGCUCCUAGUAGCCCAAGCCCAAGUACACUCAGUAUAACUAGUGGAUCUGAUAGUCCUGCAAGUUCAUCGUAUAAUGGUACUGUAGGGGCAUCUACAAGCACAAGGCCAUACAGCAGUGGUUACAGCUCUGGUGGAAGCAGUUACAGCUAUGGAAACUCCUAUGACACUGGACGUGGUGGCAGUGCUGCCCCUGGCCUAUGUGGCCUUAGUAAUCUUGGGAACACCUGUUUCAUGAACUCCGCACUACAGGUGAUGAGCAAUGUACCUGAUUUGACAGAGUACAUGUUGAGUGACAAGUGGGAGGAGGAACUGAACUAUGACAAUCCAUUAGGCAUGAAAGGGGAGAUUGCCAAGAGCUAUGCUGAGCUCAUUAAGACUAUAUGGUCAGGAAAAUACAGCUACACAGUACCAAGAAACUUCAAACUUGCAGUAGGGAGAUUUGCCCCCCAGUUCUCUGGAUUCCAGCAGCAAGACUCCCAGGAGCUGAUGGCCUUCCUCCUUGAUGGCCUCCAUGAAGACUUGAACCGCAUUCUCAAAAAGCCUUACAUCGAACAAAAAGAUGCAGAAGGGAAAAAGGACAAAGAAGUCGCCAAUGAAGCCUGGGAAAACUACCGCAAACGUAAUGAUUCAAUAAUUGUAGACACCCUACAUGGCUUGCUGAAGUCCACUCUUGUGUGUCCCGAUUGCUCAAAAGUUUCUGUGACAUUUGAUCCUUUCUGUUAUCUCUCCCUACCUCUUCCUGUAAAAAAAGAACGACAGAUUGAAGUGUUUUAUAUCCCACUAGAUCCAAUGAAGAAAACGGUGCAGUAUAAGCUGACAGUCCCUAAGAUGGGUUCAGUGAAGGAACUGUGCCAGGCCUUGUCCAAGGUUACUGACACCCCCUCAGACAAACUAGUGGUAACAGAUGUCUACAACCAUAGGUUCCAUAAAGUAUUUCAACCGGAUGAGGGCAUAACUCAUAUACUAGAUCGUGAUGAUAUUUUUGUAUAUGAGGUUCCAGUCAGUACAGGUGAUGACCCAGAGACUCUCAUCUUGCCAGUCUACCUGAGAGAAAAAACAAGUCGUGCCUCAGGAUCAGGGUUCAGCAAUUACAGUUCUACCCAGCUGUUUGGCCAACCUCUACUUGUGCCCGUUCCCCGCAAGAAUUGCACCUAUGAUGCCCUCUAUAAUGCUGUUCUGAAUAGAAUGUCGAGGUAUGUGACUGUACCCACAGAAGAUGAUGCCUGGUGGGAAGAGUUCAAGGCACAACAGGAAGAUGCAAUGAGUGAAGAAGAUGCAAAUGAAUAUGAUACUACGGACAGUACUGAAAACACAGAGACAAACAGUAUAAACAAUAAAAACCAGGAUAUAAUUAAUGAGAAUGACACAAACAAAUCGCCCGCCCCUUGCAGACUAUUUAGCUUCACUCUAGUAAACUCCUAUGGCAGUGCAGAAGUUGAGCAAAUCAAGGAUAAUGGAAAACCAAUCAAACUAUCAGGUCGGAGUUACGUUGCAAUAGACUGGUACAGCCAAGCCAAAAAGAAGUAUUUCAAUGAAAAGCUGGCUGAUGAUUUAUUGGUUGAUGAUAGUAUGAACAUGAAACAACAACAGAGGAGACAAGUUAUACAACUCACUGACUGUCUGGACCUGUUUACAACCACCGAGAAACUGGGAGAACAAGAUCCUUGGUACUGUCCAAGAUGUAAAAAGCACCAGCAAGCCACCAAGAAAUUUGACUUAUGGAAGUUACCUAAAGUUUUAGUCAUCCACCUUAAGCGAUUCAAUUAUAACAGAUACUGGAGAGAUAAGAUAGAUGCUUUAGUAGAGUUCCCAGUUAGGGGUUUACAAAUGAAAAAUCUGCUGAUCAACAAAGACCAUGGACCUGCACUCUAUGAUCUGAUAGGUGUUGUCAACCAUUAUGGAGGCAUGGGAGGUGGACACUACACUGCAUAUGGCCUUAACAGUAAUGACAAGCAGUGGCACCACUUUGAUGACUCCAGUGUAUCAUCCGUUGAUGAGGAUGGUGUUGUGACCCGUGCUGCCUAUGUCCUAGUCUACCACCUUCGUGUUCCUGGAGCCGCCGAGCCCCCUAGAGAUAUCCCAGCAGCCCUUGGGGCAGCCCCACAAUCCUCAGACAGUAACUAUAGCAAUGGCAGUAAUGGACUCAGUACCACCAGCACUAGUACGAGUGAUGAUGAGAUGGAUACCAACUGACCAUGACUUGACUUAGGCUACUCAUUAGGCUAUCCAUUUAUUCAACUCCCUCCAGGAGCUACUCUGCUGGUCAUGUUGACCUACUUGUCAUACUAACCUACUGGUCAAGAGGAACCCCUCUGGUGCCCAUGAAGACCCCAGUGGUCAUAUUGACAUCUUGACUUUUAUGACAUUACUGCAGAUUUCUUUAAUUUGAUGGCUAUUUUA